CCUACUUUCUACCUAAACAGGAGGAAAUUAAUGGAAGUAGUAAUAGGGAAGAGAUCUUUGGACAUGUCAGUAGUUAAUAAAGUAAGGGCCUCACUUAACUAGAGAGCUUAUCAAGAACAUGUUGAAGACGGCAGUUGUGCAACUUGGGUCGUUAUAAAAAUGUCAGAGAAAGAUAACAAAAGUAACUCCACCUUGCCUCCACCUGGACACUGGCGACAGUCCAGCUACAAACAGGCCACAGACAGAGACUUCGAGGAAGGCGUGAACUUUGACCGAGGUCAAACAAGGCCAAGGUCAAAGUUAACCGAGAGUGGGGAUUUUGAAGGAGUUCUUGAACGAGCUCUAGAGACUGGUAUUAAUCGGACAAAUUCAGGUCAAAAUUUUGAGGAUUCUGUAGAAAGUUGUGGUGAUAACAGCACUUUGGCUGCGACAGGAUCUUACAACCUUGAUGACAUCGAUGAAGGGCUUGUAGGAGAGGGAACAACAGCAGGGGAUGAUGAUUUGGAAGGAACUUUAGAAAACAGUCCAGCUUUUCCUGCCUCUGCUGUAGAAGACUAUGAAAUGGCCCAUCCUGUUAAUUUAUCGGUUGUAAUGGAACAAGAUUCAGCCAGUCUUUCAUCUCAAGAACAAAACUUAGCAGAAGGAAAAGGAACUGAUUUCAAUUCAAAGAAGGAAAGCCAUGUGCAUUUUGAAAGUGCAAUAGAAGAAUCUGGAGCAUAUGAUGACACGGUGUCUGUGCCACCACUAGGUGUCUCUAAGGUCCAAGAAAUGACAAAAAUUUUCAGUGAAACUCCCAACAUUCCUAUGCCUCAGACACAUGUGAUAUAUUCUACAGGUCUACUUUCAUCAGAAAACAAAUUCACUGCAGAAGAAAAAGAAGUGCCAGAGGCGACAUCUAGUGAGCAGAUGGUAGUAGAGACCUCCAGUGGAACAACAGCUGUUACAACAGCUGUUUCACCCCCACCACUUCUACCGAGGGAUGAGAUCACUCCUGUGGCCAAGAAACUAACGAAUGGUCAAUAUAACCAUUAUGUUAAUGAUGCCAUUUAUGACGACAUUCCUGAAGAUGUGUCACCUGUCCAGGAAAGGUCAAAGGUUAAGGAAGAACUGUAUGAAGAUGUCCCUGAAGAACAAAAUGAUGCGGCAAGCCCACAAAGCCAAAAGACAGAACAAACCAAUCAGGACACAGAUAACAAAGCAUCAGCCAAUCAUGACCAAGAUAAUAAAGUGGAUGUUCAGUCAAAGAUGCCAUAUGACGAUGUUCCGGUGGAAAGCUUACCAGUUUCUGAUCAAACUGUUGUUAACAGUAGACCGCAGAAGCCAGAUGCACUGGAUGUCAUUUCUUCCUACGACGUGUUGUGGCGUGCAGCUAAGAAGAAAAAUAAAAAACCUGCACUGGGUCAUUAUGGCUAUUUGAUCAGUCCAGCCCCAGGGGGAGAAGAUGAAAAUAUUGCUAAGGAUGCUGGGGACCUUCAGGGUGAAGGUAAAGGUGAAGGUCAAGCAGAUAUAGGUCAAGGUCAAGUUAAAAAAGAAGAACCAGCCUAUUUUGUCUAUGAUGACCGUGCUGGGACUGCCUCUAACAUGGCAGAUUUUCGCUCCGUGAUGUUUAACUCCAGUGCAGGAGUUUAUGAGGAUAUAGAAGACUCAGACAGCAAUCCAGAUGACAUCUACGAACCUGUAGAGGGCGCUGAUCAACCUGACGAUGAUGAUGAUGAUGACGAUGGAUGGGGUUCGGAAGAAUUCGAGGAAUAUUCAGAUUUUGAGGGAGAGGAGAUUCCAUCGCCUGGUUCCGUGACCCUCCCAAGGGGAUUGGAUCCAAAUAAGGUUUAUGAAAAUGUUAUCCAAAUGUCUUCGACCUCGGUUAGAAAAGUUCGAGCUAAGUCCGCUCAUGAGUUGCCAACACAGGAGGCCCCAUCCUUCAUGAGUAACUUGAGAAGAAUCGGAAGUUUUCGUAACAAACCAGACAAGAAGCCAGACAAUGAAGAACCUCAGAUUAUAGACGUGUAUCUGAGCAGCAAAAAGCACCCCCCGCCUCAGCUGCCUCCAGAGCCAGAUAAUCUGACAGCAGAGCAGAAGAAGAGGAGACACAUUCUAGCUUCUCUCAUUGACAGUGAGAAUUCCUACGUGGUGUCUCUUAAGAGGCUGGUGGAGGACUAUGAGAAACCCCUGAGGCUGGACCCCAACAUAUUGAGCAUGGAUCGUGUCCGCGUGAUCUUUCACCGUGUGUCAGACAUCCUCCAGUGUCACCUGAUGUUCCAGAUAGAGCUGGAGGCUUGCGUCACUGACUGGGACAAGGAGGAGAGCAUUGGGAAUGUUUUCACUGCUUCUUUUUCUAAGGACCUCGUCUUUGAUGCAUACAGUGCUUAUGUCAACAACUUCUCCAAAGCCAUGGACACUGCAAAGAUGGCCGCCAAACAGAAGGCUUCAUUUGGGGAUUUCUUGAAGGAGAAGAUCAACAAAGCCCCUGACCGCCUGUCCUUGUUUGGAUUAAUGGUGAAGCCAGUACAGAGGUUUCCACAGUUUAUUAUGUUAUUACAGGACCUACUAAAACACACGCCUACUGGCCACAAGGACAGAAUGGCCCUGCAGAGGGCGCUGACGGAGCUGGAGAAUCUGACCCAUAAACUGAACGAGUGCAAGCGUCAAGCAGAACAGAAACGAGAAGCCAAAGAGAUCAUCAGCAACCUUAACGUCAGUGUCAUGAAAAAGGGCGUCAACGAAGGAAACAGAGCUUUGGUCAGGCAAGAUGAUAUGACUCAGAUUGCUGCCCAGAAGGAGUAUAAUGUCCAUGGUACCAUCAACAAGUCUAAGAUGAGAAGAUUGCUCAUUCUGAAUGAUCUUCUCAUGUGUACCAGUAUAGAGAGAAAAGAGUCCGAGAGUGGCAGUCUGAUAGAGAAACACCGUCUGAAGUGGUACGUCCCUAUCAAUGAAGUGGAGCUCGUUGACACAGCCAUUACGCCUAACAUGCAGGUGACAGUGAAGUCGGAGCCUGGGAGGACCACAAUCUCUUCACUGAAGCAGGGGACUGAGUAUAAUGUCCAUGGGACCAUCAACAAGUCUAAGAUGAGAAGAUUGCUCAUUCUGAAUGAUCUUCUCAUGUGCACCAGUAUAGAGAGAAAAGAGUCCGAGAGUGGCAGUCUGAUAGAGAAACACCGUCUGAAGUGGUACGUCCCUAUCAAUGAAGUGGAGCUCGUUGACACAGCCAUUACGCCUAACAUGCAGGUGACAGUGAAGUCGGAGCCUGGGAGGACCACAAUCUCUUCACUGAAGCAGGGGACUGUGAAAGAUUACUCCUCCGAGGGAGCAAUGCAACUCCGUAGAGAACUAGACAACAUGCUGCAUGACUUCGCUGUGGUCGGUCAGGUGACAAACCUCAUCUCUUCCCUGAGGUAUCAGUACGAGCUUCUUUCGGAAGAAACCAUGGAUAGUCUGAAGCGCGAACUUCUUAGAAAAAUCCAAGCCAAAGAUGAACAGCUCCGAAUGUAUGACAGUUAUACAAUUCAGAUCACGUUUCCAGAAAAUCAUGUGCGGAAUGCUAUAGCCGAGUCCACUGCCCACUGGUCAGCUGCACUGAAAGACGACAAGAAAACCACAAAAAAUAAAUACACCAUUAACAGGACGGGCCGUGUGAAGUACACGUACCAGGUGAGAUCCCCAGAGGAGAAGCAGUCCUGGGAACUGGACUUUAAGAUGACCCAGUUAGCCAUGGAUCCCAAUAACAACCCAGCCUGGACCUUCCCUGAACAUGUAGAGAGGGAGAAGGGACUCCUGAAGAUGCCUCUCUUCAUCAGAGCUCUGCCCAUAGACAUCACCAAACAGUAUACAAAGGUGGAUUGUGCUGUCCCAGUGUUCCUCCAGUCCAGUGAUAACAGUGGACUGGGAAUACAGCACCUCUGGGCCUGUAGUAGUAAUGAAGAUAGGGGGCAGGUGACCAUCAUAUCCCUCCACACCAGCAAACCAAGGGUGAUCGAAUCCUUCAUGGCAUGUGAGGCAAAGAUAGUCUGUGUGGAGUUCGUCCCUGGUCCCAAUUUAUUUCAGGGGGAAGAUGCCAGUGACACUGUGUGUGCAGGAGACACAGUCUGGAUGGGGACUGACAGUAACAGAAUUGGGGUAUAUUCAGUGAGGGAACAAGAGAGAAAAGAUGCCAUUUUUACAAUAGAUAUCCCAAACCCAAUAAGGACAAUGAAGUACAUGAAAGACAAAGUAUUUGUUGCCAUGGAGAAUGGUGCUAUCAUAAUAUUCAGCAGGGGAAAGGAUGAUGAGUGGAAGAUCAAUGAGUCUCACACUUCCAAACUUGGAGAGCAGCCUGUCUUGUGUCUUCUGGAAGUGGAGGAUAAGAUGUGGUGCGCCUGUGGGAAUAAGAUUAAUAUCAUCAACCCAAAAACAGAACUGAAAGAGACCAUAGUCAUACUAGACAAGCUUUUACACAAGAAGAAAACUUUGACAGUAGAGAAGAGUGGUUGUAUACAGUGUAUGGUGCAGUCUGGCUGUGGGUUCUGGAUCUCAUUUAAAGAAGAAUCCCUGAUCCGCCUCUACCAUGUGGAGACUUUUCAACAUCUGCAGGACAUUAACAUAGCGUCGGCCGUCACCAGGGCACUGAAACAUAAAGCCAGAAAACCUGGUACAGAUUUCUCACGCGGUAUAGCCAUCACCUGUCUCAUGGCCAGUAGAGGUAUCCUGUGGAUUGGUACCAACAAAGGUAUAACCCUGUCCCUCCCCCUUCCCAGGUUGGAGGGUGUACCCCUCAUCAGUCGAGGACCCAGCGUGUCAUGCCACACCCAUAUCGGUCCUGUCAAAUUUUUGGUGGGUAUUUGCCCCGAGGUCAUCAUUGACCCUGUCCCCGGUCGGGCUGAGAGUUUCCAGGAAGAUGCGAAUGGUGAAAAUGUUGAUGUGAAGGAUACGGACAGACUGGAGCUGCCUUGUUCAGCUAGCGAUGCUUCAGCAACUUCGCCUUUGUCGUCGCCCUCGCCCAAAGCUACAUCUCCCAAAUGUCCACCAGAGAGUACGUCUGGUUCUGGAAGUCAGACCAUGCCAGCAGUGGUUUCCCCGAAGUCAAAGCGGAAGAGCAAGGGAGACAUCAGGCGAAUAUCCCUUUCCCAUGUCAGUGAGAAGACUGAGAGAACAUCUGACAGGGAGGUUAUUCGUAGCUACAGCAUUGAGCAUAGUUUUAAACCACUUAAAGCUAAUGCUAAGUCCAAAUGGAAGUCCACCCCAAUCGGAUUGGAUGCCAUUGACAAGGUGGAGUAUGAUGAUGAUAUUUCGGUGUUGUAUGGAAGCUUGCUGAAAGGCACUGGGACGGAAGAUUAUGAAGACGUCUUGGUGCAGACUUCUGGAGAACAUGGGUACAUGACUCUACAGGCAACGGGAGCAGACCUCCUCCGUUAUCGAAAAACUAAAACUGCUUCGAUAAUGUUUCCCAAACGUCGGGUAAAAAGUAUGGCGUCCCCUGCUGUUGGGGAAACAGCCCAUACCUUCAGUUUCGAUUCAGCUGUGAAGUUGCGCAGCUACAACAGAACAUCUUCCGAACUGACAAGUAGUUUCGAGUCUGUAGAUGAAACAGAAGAGGACAUUGCCACCCCUGCUAGUGAUGAUGUGGAUGAAAGUGAUGCGGCAAAGUCCUCAGACAGAAAGUUGCAUAAUUUGCACUGUAAAUCUGUGAUCGUUGUAAGUGGAGGAGAUGGGUAUUUAAAUUGGAACAUUGCCACUCCAAGGGACAAGAAACAGGAGGACGCGAGGCUUAUUUUAUGGCAGUGCAAGGUGGCUUAAUUGGUCUCCACCAAGUAACUCAUUUUAUCUGAACAUCAAUAUUUUCAUUCCAGUACAAUGUAUGUCUUUUCUAUAGGAGGCUUAGGUUUAGGCUUCUCUGGCAGACUAGAGUACACAGUUAUUGGUGAUGUAAUUACUCUGAGUGAUUGCAAUCGGCAUUCCUAGAAGAAUGUAUCUUUACAUUCUAUUUAUGGAGGCAAAUAAAAACUAAGGGAAGUGAAAUAGAAGAAUAAGGAUGGGACCAAGAGGACAAGUGAUACUUUUAAGCUUAAAAGCGCCACCUAUAAUAUUAUAGGUCAAGCAGCAUUCUCUGUUAAUGUGCAAUGGACCUUAGAUUUUAUACCAAGUGGAAACGGCAAAAUGGAAAUUUUUGUUUGAUUCUGUUAAUUGAAAUAGGAACAGUAAGUGAUUUAGAUUCCCGUGACUUAACAUUCUUUAGCAGAGAAGGCUUAGCUUAUACACAAUUUUCAACUAACCCAAUUUUGAACUACAGUGGAAAAGUUUGUGAAUAGCUUUUAGCACUGAAAUACUUAGAAUGGUAAGUAAAAAUUAUCUUAACGUUUCCAAUAUUUUUGCAGUGUUAUUCCAUUUUUGUUCUCACCCAUGACUUACACUUCUAAUAGGAUAAAAAUGUUUACAAUGUGAUGAUAAACAAGGUAGAAAUAGGGUGCAAACUGUGAUACAUUUUUAUGUUAAAGUUGUGGAAAACUCCUAAUUGCCAUAUUAAGUUUGUGUAAAAUUGCACACAUAUGACUUGCUGAUGUACAAUUUACAGUGGAACAAGUUUUUAAUGUAAAAUUUAUAUUGAAAAAUAGGUAAACUCUAAAAAUUAUUAAAUAUAGUUGUGAAAAAACAGCAAAGAUACAGCAAAGAAUAAAUUAACAGGCGCUCAGCUGUAAUUGGAUCAAAUUAUCUUUAGCACAAGGCCUGUAUGAUUGUUAAAAAAAGAACAUCAAAUUAAGGCAGAAAUAUUUGUAUGAUAACUUUAUUUGAUAAAUAACAGGUAUUGUAUAAAGUACACUUGAAAUAUUCCAUAUUGUGAUAUCUUAUACAGUGAAUAACAGGUCGGUGCGUGUUAUAUAAAAUGAUGACUAUUUUAUACAUCAUGGUACAGUCUGUACAAAUAUUCUUGAUAAUAUUAGCCUACAUAUAAAAGUGUAUUGUAAACAGUUUUGAGAAUUAUCUUGUUGAUACUAUUUGUAGUUUUGCAGAAUUGAUAAAUAUUCAGUGAUACUUGUUAAGAUGUGCUUAAAGACGGAUUUUUAUGAAUUUGUGGUACAAUUAUUUUGAUUAUAUUUAUUAUGAUUGAUAAAAAUAUGACGUUUUAUGGUGUUUGAUUUUUUUUUUAUAGAGUCACUGCUUUUACCAUUUUUGAAAGCGUGUCAGAAUCAGUCUGUAUUGUUGUCUAAAAUGUUUUAAAAAUAGUUCUAAAAAGACAUUUUUAUUCUUAUUUCUGAUUGCUGAUUAAAACGAAAUAUUUUGAUCAAUGGGUGAUAAAAAAUAUAUGAAGUUUUUGUAUAUGCCAAUAUUUCCUCCUUUUGAUUUUUGUAUAAAACUGCUUAAAUAAAUAUUUACUGAUGUAUGCCUUGCCUAUAAAUCUACUGCAGUGGAUAUACAUAUACUACCUGUACCUGUAGUUGUGUAAUAUAAAUAUAUAAAACGAUACAAGUGAAUGGAAUUGUGUACAUGGCGUGGCUUUCAAUUAUUGUGAAUAUUUUCUGGCUAUAUGCUGUUUAUGUAGAUUGUUCAUUUUGAUGAGGAAUAAUAAUGCACAUCCUUAAA